AUGUCUCCACCUCAGAUAUCUGUAGACGUUGCUUUGACCUUGCUUAGGAACAGCGAUACUGAUUUCCUCAUCGGCUAUGAAAAUUCGGUCCCUGAUCCGAGAUCAUUGACAAUCGAGCAGAGAAAAGACAUCACUGCCGCUGUCUUGGGAAAUCCCGAGCCUCAUAAAUUCAUCCAUUUUCAUUUUUGGGGAGUCGACGACGAAGUAAGAUCUAAGCAAAUUAUCAUGCAUAGAUAUUCCCAUGCCCGCCACCACGAUUGGUAUAAUCAUGAUGAUAUCAAUAAGCUCAAUGUUUUUAGACUUGCUGCCGUCACAUUUGGAUUGACUGGCAUUGAUAUUUCAGUUGGAGAGAGAUGCUGGAGCGUUGUACCCAAGUCACUAAAGAGAGCAUGGUUCCCAAAUCUGGUACAAUGUGUCGACGAACGCAGAGCUGAGUUUGCCAGAUAUUUGGCUAACGCGAUGCUCAAUGAAUACAUGAUUGAUGGAGAGGCUGAUGGAGGUGAUGGUAUUUAUUCCAGAUAUUCUGAAGAAUUUGAGAUUGUAACUGAUAUUUUUGAAGCUCAGAAUAACUCUAUCGAUCUAGUUCAAAGCGCCAGUCAAACUGCCCUCGCAUCUUCCUCUGACAUCUCCGUUGGAUCGUUAAUUUUGAACCCAGAAUUGGUCUCUGCUUCCACAAAUAGCGGUUCGCCAAUAGCUGGUCCUCAAUCAUCGAGUCUACCUGCAGAAAUCGAAUCGCUGGAUCUCAACGACGACCCUGAUGCAAUGGACCUUGAGUUGGAGCAUUCCGUCAACAAUGAGGACCAUGGAGAGAUUAUUUUGCUAUAG